AUGUUCCGUUGUGCUAGGCGAUUGUUGUUGGUCUCUGCUUUAAAUGGGACCCCACCUCCUGCCCUUCUUCGCCCUGCGUACAACACCAGCAAUCUCAUUCAACUCCUGCAGAAGACUCUUCCCUCCACUGCUAAUGUGUUAAUCAUUGAUAACACCAGUGGAAGUGUAGAGAGUAAUAACGCCGCAUCUAUUCUACGCUUUCUCAUUUCACACGAUCAUGAAGUUGUGAAGCUGCAAGAGAACCCGGAGUUUCACCAUCCGCUUCUCGUUGUUGUGCACACCUCUCUUGAGAAGGAUGAUGCGCAGGCCAAUGAGUUGGUCUUAACAGCCGCCCUUCAACAGCGAGAUCGCUUUAAAGACACCACCGCACUUAUUUUGGAUGCCGAGCAGUCGGCCGCCGCACGGUCUGUUCUGCAGAAACAAAAGGGAAAUGGAAUGAUUGUGAAGAUUGGAGAAAAUGCAGGGAAAACGCCCACAGCCGCAGACACCACCACCACAACUCAAACAAAACCUCAAGAGGAAAAGGAGAUGAUGGCAUCAUCACAGAUAUCAAAAGAAAACAAUAAAGAUAUCGCAGCCUCUAGCCAAGAUAAAAGUGAAGAGCAUUUGAAAAAACGAAAAACAACACCUGUAAGAAAAGGUGGAAAACGAAAAGUUCAAGAUGGAAAGAAUGAUGAUGUUGCAACUUCUCUCUCGUAUGUUCCUCCUCCAGGGGCGGUGAAGCCACGAACAUCACCCACGCCACUUUCCCAAACUGAAACACGGGAGUCCUUACAGAGAAUGUUUCGAUCCUCAUUGGCCGCUCCAUUUAAAGUACCAACGCAGGUAGAGAGAACACUCUUUACCGGCGUUGUGGAUCGAGUUCGAUUUGCAGAUCUGCUGAAUCUUCCUCUCUACGGCGGUGGAGAAGUGUUUGUACUUUACUACAGACUCACCGGUGCUGGGGCGUGUCGAACUCCAUUGAUUACCAUUACACAGACUAUGAAGGAAGUUUGUAUGGAGAAGGUUAGCCAUGAAAAGGUUGAGAAGGAAGAAGAAAAAGGAGAAGAAAAGAAAGAACCGAUAUCGGUAUUACUUCUUCUCAGUGCCCCUUUUCUUAUUGGAGAAGAUGCCAUCUUACUUCGACAAGAGUAUCAAAAACAUCUUCAAUCCAAUCUUUUAGAAGGUGUAGAUGUUACUGUUCUUAUGGCCCCUCACUGUUUUAGUGAGAAGAAUAUCCUUUUUGCCCUACGAACAACGGAAGUAUCCAAUUGUACUAAUAAUAAUAAUAAUAAUAAUAAUAAUAAUAAUAAUAGUACAGAUGGAGUUCAGGAAACCGAAUUGGAAAAUAUUUUCCCUUUUCCAAAUAAAUUACGUUCAUAUAAAAAGGAAGAAAAUAUUGUAAGCAAUGCUGUUAAUGAAGAGACCCUGCGGUCUAUUGUCACCAGUGCAUUGGAAGAAGUGGCACUUCGACAUGAAAAGUCUACCGAUCAUCUCGUCAGUACACUAAACAAACUCGUAGAGUAUUGGUCAAGAGAACGGGUUAUAGAGUUAAUGGAAAGUCUUCAAAAUGAACGUGAAGUCUUAUUAGACGCCACUAAAGAAUUCGCAGAUGUUCAACGGCAACUCUCUGCAACUAAAGAAGUAUUAAAAGAAUUAAAAAGUAAUAUGCAAACCAUAGAAAAAGAAAUAAAGAAUUCUCAUCAUGGAUCAGGUUUUGAUAAGGUGGAUCUUUCCAAAUCUCUUGGAGUAUUGGAGAAACGGCUUCAUGAGUCUAUCAGUUCAAUGCCGACAAAACAGCAAAUGAGUCUUGAUUUACGUGAAGAAUUGGAGGGAAUGCGAAAUAAUCUUCAACGAAAUUUGGAUCAAUCCCUCGGGCAGAAACUAUUAAAUAUGCGUAGAGAACAACAGCAGGAUUUGGAAAAAACUCUGCAGAAGAGUAAAGGGGUAAACAAGAAUGAACAACAAGUAAUGGAGAAGGUACUGUUGGAACUUCCAGAUCGUAUUCAACAUGCAAUGGAAAAGGCUCUUCAGGUUUUCAGUAAACAAUCCAAUGAACGAACACUAUUGGCAUUAAACAAACAACGGGAAUUAGUGAACUCGCAGAUAAAUGGAUUGUUUGGUAAAAUGAGUGAAAAGGUUGAGAAAAAACAGGGAAAUUUUGAAAGAUCUGUAGUAAAUCUUUUAACAAAGAAACUUCAAAAUGGAUCUGCUGCUGCUGCUGGCGGUGUUGGUAUUAAUACCGCUAGAGCUAGAAGUAAUAGGCGUAAGUGA